UCAAGGGAUAAAUUCCUAAUCAUACACGGAUCUCAACGAUAUGGAGAUGGACAAUAGGAAAUGGAUCUGGAUUACUUUAUAAGAAAAAAACAAAAACCAAGAUUAUAAGUAUCGCAUCAGAUAUUGAGAUUCCAUCGCCGGAACAAUGGAUAAAAAACAAGUGGCGAUCGUCGGAGCCGGAAUCAGUGGCCUCCUCGCCUGUAAAUACUGCCUCUCCAAAGGCUUCAACCCCAUUGUCUUCGAGUCAGAAUCCGACAUUGGUGGCGUAUGGGCUAAAACCUUCAAAACCACCAGGCUCCAGGCUCCAAAACCUCUGUACCAGUUUUCCGACUUCCCAUGGCCGCCUUCAGUCACCGACGACUUCCCUACCCACCAACAAAUGCUGGACUACUUCCGGUCCUACGCCACCCAUUUUGAUCUCAUACCCCACAUCAAAUUACACGCACGAGUCAAGGGAAUCAGCUACGACGGACCAUCAUCGGAGCCAUGGUCCCUAUGGAACAGCACCGGCGAACCAUUUCCACCCAACGGAAAAUGGAAUGUCACCGUUGAAAACACUGAAACUGCCACAACCCACGUUUACACCGUGGAUUUCGUGAUUCUCUGUUUAGGAAGAUUUAAAGACGUUCCAAACAUACCGGAAUUCCCCGCCGGAAAAGGCCCUGAAGUUUUCCGAGGCCAGGCGAUUCACUCCAUGGAAUACGCUGCCAUGGAUAAUGAAAAAGCUGCUGAAUUCGUGAAAGGGAAGAGCGUCGUCGUCGUGGGGUUCGGGAAAACAGGACUCGACAUUGCAAGAGAGUGCUCCUCAAUCAACGGUCCAGAACAUCCAUGUAAGAUAGUAUAUCGACGUGAUCACUGGAAGCUCCCGGACUGGGCUCCAUGGGGAAUCCCAUUCACAUAUUUAUACUUCAAUCGCUUCUCGCAGCUUUUGGUUCAUAAGCCCGGCGAAGGUCUUCUCCUAAAUCUCAUCGCCACUUUACUUUCACCUCUAAGUUGGGGAAUCUCGAAACUUGUGGAAAGCUACAUCAAAAAGAAACUUCCGAUCAACAAAUUCGACAUGGUGCCACAGCAUAGCUUUUCGAAAGACACCCGUGCAUGUUUAAUUACGUAUAUGCCUAAUCCAGAUGACUUCUUCGAUGAGGUUGAGAAAGGAAGCAUCAAGUUGAAGAAAACACAAAGUUUUAGCUUCUACGACAAUGGUAUUUCGAUUGAAGACGACAAAACACGUAUAGAAGCAGAUAUUGUAAUAUACGCAACUGGAUUCAAAGGCGCAGAAAAGCUUAAAAACAUUUUCGAAUCAUCAACGUUUCAGAAAUUCAUCUCUGGUUCACCACGAGUCCCUCUUUACAGGGAAUGCAUUCAUCCACGCAUACCGCAGUUAGCAAUAAUUGGAUUUUCAGAGGGUCUUUCGAAUCUGUACGUAUCAGAGAUGAGGUCGAAAUGGGUGGCAGCGCUUCUUGAAGGUGCGUUCAAGCUACCGAGUGUUGAUGAGAUGCAGAAGGAUAUUGCAAGAUGGGAUGAAUAUAUGAAGCAAACAACUGGGGAAUACCAUUAUCGGUCGUCAGUUGGUGCUUUAGAGAUAUGUCAUGCAUCAUGGUCCAUCUAUCUUUUUUCUCUGAAUCAAAUCAAUAAUAUUAACUUUUGGCGGACGAUCAUGUCUAUGCUAUUGUAAAAAACCCGAUAUAUAGCAAGAAACUUUUUAAGUGGUUUCGAUCGAGUAAAAAAAAAGGUCAGGGCGAAGAUGGUGAGGAUACCCGGUGUGAUGAUGAUGAGAAUGAUGGGCCCGAAGACAGCGGAGACGGCGAGGAUGACUAGUUAGUUUAUGUUUAGUUGUUUUGUUAAUGUUGUAUGUUUGUUAACGACUUUAAUUUUAUGGAUUUUUAUUAACU